AUGGAUAAAAAAUCAGUGAAAAUUAAGAAAAAUCAAAAAGUGAAGGAAAAGGCAGCAGACUUUUCUCAGUGCAUUCCACCGGAUUUACAUGAUAGACUCUCAAAACUAUUUCAAUUACCAUUUCCAAAAAAUGAACCAUUUGAGGAGAAGAAAAAGCCAAAUUUUCGAGAACUGCUUCAAGAUCUAGAUCAGGAAAUGCUUGAUAAUCUUGGCGAUGACGUAAAUGAAGACAAUUUUGCUGAUGCCAUCGAAAAUUAUCAAAAAGCUAAAUCUAUCGAUCUUAAAAUUGAAGGUAGGAUUCCAGAACGUCGAGAUUUUUUUCACCAAGAUAUUAAUUGGAUUGCUGACUACACCAAAAAGAUGAAGCGUGAACGAAUUGUUUGGCAAACAAAAUUAUUCAAAGACAACCAAGAAAUUUAUGAAAAGCCACUGUUUGAGCAGACAGAAGAGCUUAUUGAUAUUGCAGCUGAUCAUUUCGCAGUUUGGCUUAAGCAAAUGGAUGAUGAGUCAAACAUAAACAAAGAAUUUGUUAAGCAACUGUUUGCCAUUCAAGUCGAGGCUGAUGCAUCGAAGGCUCUUCAUGUUGAACCGAAGGAAAUAUCUGUCAUUUCUCAUGAAGUUGCAAAGAUGUUGAAUUUAAAGAAGCUUUCAAUCCAAAACAAUUUGAAGAAGAUGAUUCACUGUGAUAAGAAGAUGCGUGCUCGAAAAGUCAAUACUGUUGCAUUUGGUCGGUGUUUGCCAAAAUCUAUAAGAGUUGAUAAAUUCAAUGAAGAACUAUUUGAUGAUCAUUAUCAUGUCAAUUGUCCAGAAGACUUACAGUCACUGAAGUCAGUUUUCGAUGCUAUUCUACAUCUUAGCUCAACUCGUCAGCUUGUAGAAUAUUUGAUGAAAAAUCCAGAACUUCCACGUUCAAAAUUCCUUGUUGAUGCUGGAAUGUUUAAUGAGGGUAAAUUAGCUGCCAUGCAAAUGUCUGAAAAGCCAUUAUGGAGUUACUUUUAUUAA